AUGAAGAACGAAGAUGUUGAAGAGGAACAUAGUGGAUCAAAAAUGGACACAGUAAAACAAUUAGUGGUUAUUUGCAUCUCACUUGGUUGUGUGUAUGGUGCGCCAGCAACGGGUAACCUGGAUGUUGAGAGUUUUCAACACAAGGGACUACUCGUCCAUCGAUACAGUGCUGAAGACAAUUGCUAUAUAUCCAGCCUUGCGGAUUUCAACGAUACAAGAUCGGAACAAGAAAACCUCUCGGGUGUUUUCAAGUACAGAUUGGAGCCAACUUCAGAGAUUAACCGUCAGUAUUUCAGCUACACGGCUACUGCCUCGUUGAAACGCGUUUGCAGUGGAGCUGAAAACAUAUUAUGGAGUGAAAUCCACGUCGAUGAUGAGCAGAUGACGCGACAGAAACGCGGAUGCACGGUCCAGUGCUCAUAUUGCGAAUCGGAGCAAGAAGGCUCGGAUGAUGAUGUUUCAGAAGUUGCAGAUGCCCCACCAUCAAUUUUGUCUUCUUCUGAUGUUGAACAGGAAUGGAUGGAACCGAGAAGAGAGGAGCAUGGAGAAGAGUCAAUUUUUGCAGUAUCGGACGCAGAAGAAUUUGACUUAGAGGAAGAAGUAGCACAAAAAGAGGGUAGUAGUAGUAAACAUAAUGAAGCGAAAAUGACUGACGAUGUUUUUACAAACAUUAAGAUGGAAGUAUCAAGGUGGUAUGAUGAUCAAAAUGCAAUCAACAUGCUGAAAUUGUUGUAUAGAGACCAUGUGCCUAACUUGUUUAAGUUGCACAAUUUUUGUAAUACGAUGGACUUACUGAAUGAAUUAAUUACUUAUGGCGCUCUAAGUUCUUCUGAUCCAACUAUCAUUUAUGAUACCAUAAAAGCAACUUGUCAGUUUGGUUUGGAAACAAAAAUAAAAUGUAAAAUACCAUCAUGCCCAAAUAUCAGAGAAGUUGAAGUUUCUAAAUUUACACCGUAUAGACAGAAAUUAAUGAAGCUGGGAAUAUCAUUAAGUCCAGAAGAUGUAAGGAAAAUCAGUGCCAUAUAUAAUACUCCAGUAAAGAAAUAUGCAGACAAUUGGAGUUUGAUUAUUGAUCUUGAAACGAGGAUGAUUCUUUGUGAAGAUAAAAUGGAUACAUUCAAGGAUAAGUUGAGGGAAAAUGGUAUCUUUGCUGCAAACUGUCUAACAGAAGAUGGCGAACUCAAACCAACAGCAUCUAAAAGACGAAAGUUGAUGUUGGAAGGCGACCGAGAUACUGUUAUCAAAAAUUAUCUACUCAAAAGACAAAAAAAUUUGUGCUGCCGUGUCAACCGGUUCACACCAGCUACUUUACGUACAUUAUACCAAGUAGAUAUUGCCAAUAUGUUUACUGAUCUGGAGCUACUGAAAGAAAAUAAGGAAGAAGGCAAGCUAGUAACAUUACAGGAGCUUUUAGAUGUUAUCAAAUCCACACCAGCAUGUAGAACUCUCAUAGAAGGCGAAGGUGGUAUUGGCAAAUCAACUCUUCUCAGGUACUUAGCAUACAACUGGGCAAAUGAAUCAGAUAAAACAUUUGAAGAAAUGGUUCAACUGGCUUUAAAACUAGGAUUUGUCUACCUAGAUGAACCACAUUCAAAAACUGAUUUUGAACAAUGUUUUACAGCUCCUCACAAGUUGAUAGCAGAGUCAUUGGUAGGAUUUUACAUUUCAAAACUAUGUCAGACAGCAGGGUUAGAGAAUAAUUGUGCAGAGGACUUAAAACUUUUACUUACACCAUUGGAUGAGGAUGAAUGGGAGAUUAUAAAAGAAAGUGAAUAUUUACAAAUGGCAAGAACAUUUACAAUGCAAUUCCUUGGUGCUAAUGUGGGAAAAUUCUUUAUUCACUGGUUGACAAAAGAUCUCUCAACAUAUCGCUCUCUAAUGAAGAAUUAUUUGACAUCUGUGAAAGCAGAGCACCAGGUUUUCGUUGAAGAAGCACUAAUUGAUCACAUGACCAAGACACACUUAAAAAUACAACCACAUGUUAAUGGCAUAUGUAAAUCACUUAUGAGAUUUAUUCAUCAUAUUAAUCCGUCUUUAGAGGUAUUUGAAGAUGAGCAUUUUAUUAAACUUACGAGAAUAAUUUAUGACAUGAAGCUAAGGCCAUCAGUUACACCACCUCAUUUUAAAAGUUUAUGUAACAAAAUGUCACCUGAAGAAAAAGGCAAAAUGCUCGCUCACAUACUGUUUGCUAUACGAGAUGAAACGUAUAUGUUGGAAAAUAUUAUCCCUGAAGUGUGUGCUGAUGAUGAUAUUAAAUACCUAACAGCUGAAUAUAAGAAACUUGAUAUGCAUUAUGAUAUUAGACAUUAUAAAGUAUUUAAUAAAAGUUCAAUUACUGCUCUAUUUUUAAUUCAUCUUUUGACCAAUUCACCAAAACUUGAAGAGUUGAACUUAAACUUUUGUAUUACAGGUGAUAUUAUGAAUGAUAUGAUCAGAGAGCUUUCAGGUAGAGAGAUCAAUUUAGUAUUACAGUCUCUUUAUAUCAAUGAUAAUAAUCUCAGUACAUUUAAUGGUGCUUCACUGGCUUCUUUAAUGUCAAUUUCUCCACAACUGAUUCAGCUUAAAUUGAGCAACUGUAGUUUAACUGGCGAUAUUAUGAAUGAUAUGAUCAGAGAGCUUUCAGGUAGUGGGAUCAAGUUAGGAUUAGAGUCUCUUGAUAUCAAUGAUAAUAAUCUCAGUGCAAUUAAUGGUGCUUCUCUGGCUUCUUUAAUGUUAUUUACUCCACAACUGAUUAAGCUUAAAUCGAGCAACUGUAGUUUAACAGGAGAUAUUAUGAAUGAUAUGAUCAGAGAGCUUUCAGGUAGAGGGAUCAAGUUAGGAUUACAGUAUCUUAAUAUCGAUGGUAAUAAUCUCAGUAAAAUUAAUGGUGCUUCACUGGCUUCUUUAAUUACUCCAAUACUAGAUAUGCUUCACUUGAGUAACUGUAAUUUAACUGGCGAUAUUAUGAAUGAUAUGAUCAGAGAGCUUUCAGGUAGUGGGAUCAAGUUAGGAUUAGAGUCUCUUCAUAUCGAUGGUAAUAAUCUCAGUAAAAUUAAUGGUGCUUCACUGGCUUCUUUAAUUACUCCAAUACUAGAUAUGCUUCACUUGAGUAACUGUAAUUUAACAGGAGAUAUUAUGAAUGAUAUGAUCAGAGAGCUUUCAGGUAGAGGGAUCAAGUUAGGGUUACAGUUUCUUUCUAUCGAUGGUAAUAAUCUCAGUACAAUUAAUGGUGCUUCACUGGCUUCUUUAAUGUCAGUUACUCCACAACUGAAUGACCUUAAAUUGGUGAAUUGUAGUUUAACAGGAGAUAUUAUGAAUGAUAUGAUCAGAGAGCUUUCAGGUAGAGAGAUCAAGUUAGCAUUACAUUUUCUUUUUAUUGAUGGUAAUAAUCUCAGUACAAUUAAUGGUGCUUCAUUGUCUUCUUUAAUUACUCUAAUACGACAUAUGCUUCACUUGAGUAACUGUAAUUUAACAGGUGAUAUUAUGAAUGAUAUGAUCAGAGAGCUUUCAGGUAGAGGGAUCAAGUUAGGAUUACACUAUCUUAAAAUCUAUGGUAAUAAUCUCAGUACAAUUAAUGGUGCUUCACUGGCUUCUUUAAUGUCAGUUACUCCACAACUGAAUGGCCUUACUUUGAGCAAUUGUAGUUUAACGGGUGAUAUUAUGAAUGAUAUGAUCAGAGAGCUUUCAGGUAGAGAGAUCAAGUUAGCAUUACAGACUCUUUCUAUCGAUGGUAAUAAUCUCAGUACAAUUAAUGGUGCUUCACUGGCUUCUUUAAUUACUCCAAUACUACAUAUGCUUGUCUUGAGUAACUGUAAUUUAACAGGUGAUAUUAUGAAUGAUAUGAUCAGAGAGCUUUCAAGUAGAGGGAUCAAGUUAGGAUUACAGUUUCUUUCUAUCGAUGGUAAUAAUCUCUGUAUGAUUAAUGGUGCUUUAUUGGCUUCUUUAAUUACUCCCAAACUACAUAGGCUUCACUUGAGUAACUGUAAUUUAACAGGUGAUAUUAUGAAUGAUAUGAUCAGAGAGCUUUCAAGUAGAGGGAUCAAGUUAGAUUUAUGGUAUCUUUCUAUCGAUGGUAAUAAUCUCUUUAUGAUUAAUGGUGCUUCAUUGUCUUCUUUAAUUACACCAAUACUACAUACGCUUCGCUUGAGUAACUGUAAUUUAACAGGUGAUAGUAUGAAUGAUAUGAUCAGAGAGCUUUCAAGUAGAGGGAUCAAGUUAGAAUUACAGUUUCUUUAUAUCAAUGGUAAUAAUCUCUGUAUGAUUAAUGGUGCUUCAUUGUCUUCUUUAAUUACACCAAUACUACAUGCGCUUCACUUGAGUAACUGUAAUUUAACAGGCAAUAUUAUGAAUGAUAUGAUCAGAGAGCUUUCAAGUAGAGGGAUCAAGUUAGGAUUACAGUUUCUUUCUAUCGAUGGUAAUAAUCUCAGUACGAUUAAUGGUGCUUUAUUGGCUUCUUUAAUUACUCCCAAACUACAUAGGCUUCACUUGAGUAACUGUAGUUUAACAGGUGAUAUUAUGGAUGAUAUGAUCAGAGAGCUUUCAAGUAGAGGGAUCAAGUUAGAUUUAUGGUAUCUUUAUAUCAAUGGUAAUAAUCUCUGUAUGAUUAAUGGUGCUUCAUUGUCUUCUUUAAUUACACCAAUACUACAUACGUUUCACUUGAGUAACUGUAAUUUAACAGGUGAUAUUAUGAAUGAUAUGAUCAGAGAGCUUUCAGGUAGAGGGAUCAAGUUAGGAUUACAGUAUCUUAAAAUCGAUGGUAAUAAUCUCAGUACAAUUAAUGGUGCUUCACUGGCUUCAUUAAUUACUCCAAAACUGAUUCAUUUUACAUUGAGUAACUGUAGUUUAACAGACUAUAUUGUAAAUGAUAUGAUGAGAGAGCUUUCAAGUGAAGGUAUUAAGGUAUAUGUGUUUCAGUGGUAAUAGUCUCAAAAUGAAUAAUGAUGCUUUACUGGCUUCUUUAAUGGCAAUUUCUCCAAAAUUGAUUAAGCUUAAAUUAAGUAACUGUAGUUGAACAGGAGAACUGGCUUAUGAUCAGAGAGCUUUCAAGUGGAGAAGUCGAACAUUAUGAUUAAAGUAUAGUAAGCCACUAUAUAAAUGACUAAAUUAGAUUAGACAAUAAUCUCAGUACAUGUACGAAUUAAUGGUGCUUCAUCGGCUCCUUUAAUGGCAAUUAUUCCAACACUGAUUGAGCUUAAAUUAAGCAACUAUAGUUUUAAUUUCAACAGGUAACAUUAUAGAUGAUGUGAUCAGAAAGCUGGAUGUCAAGAUUAAAAUAAAAAUAAAAAAUAAGAUAAUCUCGUUAUUAUUUUUUGUACUUCACUGGCUUCCUUAAUGACAAUUACUUCAAAACUGAUAUAAGAUAUGAGUUUUAGUGGAGGUAUCAAGUUAGAAUUAAAGCGUCUUUGUUUCAAUGAUAAUAAUCUCAGGACGAUUAAUGAUGCAUCACUGGCUUCCUUAAUAACAAAUACUCCAAAACUGCAUAAGCUUAAAUUUAGCAACUGUAGUUUAAUAGAUGAUAUUAUGAAUAGUAUGAUCAGUGAGUUUCGAAGUAAUAAUAUUUUAUUAGGCAAAGUAAAGGUAAAAUCUUGCCAGGGAGAUUGAAAAUACAGAAAAGAUCAAAAUGCAACACUAGGCCAUUAUGCAAUAACAACCUUUACAACAAGCAACUCAGUGUGUUUGAACUGGACACUUUAUGUGAUUCCAUUCUGAUAUGAUCUAAUACAGUCAAAGUAUUUUAGGCUUUAAGGGACAUUCAACUAUGACUUUGCCAGGCAAACAUGUAGAUCAAAUAUUGUAGAGAAAUGGAUCAAACUAUGUUUUAUUUUAUAAACUUAAAUAUGUAAAUCUGCUGAGAGAUUUAUGCAACUAUUCAAUGAUAAUUCUUCCUUUUCUACAACUGUACUCCUCCCAUUUAAAAAAUGUUAAUUCCCACCAAACUGUUAGUUUGCAGCAAACAAAAUUAAGAGCAUAUUUUGAAGUUGUGCGCCAGUUACCGUGGAAGAUCCCUAUGUCUGAGAGCUCUCUCUUGUCCAAGGACUCAACACCUUUCCUCAGAUAAAAAUAUCUUGUGAACAUUUUUACAAUAUCAGACUGUAAAGUCAAUUAGGGGCCUAAAUAAGCAUUCUAAAUCUUUAAAUUGUAAGAGCUUCCGCCUUAGAUACCAUAUACUCGCGUAUAAGGGGACCUGGAUAUAAGACGACCCCUUGAGUUUGAGAAUAAUUUUGGUCGAUUUUUGUAUAUUGGGCAUAUAAGACCAAUAUACAACUCAGUGUGUAAGCCUAAUUGUACUUUCAUCUGACGCAACCUCUUUUUUUACAAAAUUAUUAGUGUCCUGACUUCAAGCAACAAACAAACCAGUCAACCUCAUUGAAACGUCGUAGUAACCACCCUGUCUUCAUUACAGUUUGCUGUACCAUUGAUUUGUCACAUGCACCAUUUGCUUUACCAUAGUUGUCCCUUUUAUCAAUUUAUAUACUGUAUCUUUAUUAACUUCAAACAUAACUUGCACAUUCAGCUUUGAAAUAUGGAACACUAAAAUUAUUUCAUUUCGUACUGUAGUUAAGUGUCAAUACUUAGACCUAUUUAUCAUGAUUUGUUUCACCACAUAAAUAAUAAUCUUUUUCUUCCGAAACUUAGACUCAGAUAUACCGGGAUGCGGUGUCCGACGGGGGAUACUUUUACCUUUGCUGUACCAUUAAUUUGUCACGCGCACCAUUUACCGUACCAUAGUGGUCCCUUUUAUCAAUUUAUUUACGGUAUCUUUAUUAACUUAAUUUAAUUUAUUAACAUAACUUAAACAACAUUUAAAAUUAUUUCAUUUUGUACUGUAGUUAAGUAUCAAUAGCUUACAGUAGGCCUAUUUAUCAUGAUUUGAUUCACCAUGUAAAUAAUAAUCUUUCGCCCCUGAAACCUAGACUCAGAAAUACCAGGAUGCGGUGUCCGGCGGGAGAUAGUUUUACCUUUAUAUAAUUAGAAUAUUAGAUUAAUUCUAGUAAAACAUACACUUGUACUACCAGUCAGGCCCCGAAACCUCGACUCGGAAAUACCAGAUGGUGUCCGGCGAGAGAUAGUUUUACCUCUACAAUUUUCUUAUUCUUAAUGACAUAGUCUCUAUAGAGGCUACAAAAUUUCAACAAAGAAACCGUGACAUAAUCUAUUUUUCUGCGGUGAUUUGUCAAAACUAAGAGCUUGUCUUGGCCACUUAUAGGUGGAUAGAUAUAUCUUGCCUGUAAAAUGUAACGUAAAGGUAAAUAAAAAAAAGUAAAAAAAAUAAAGUAAUAAAUAAAAAUGAUUAAUGGUUGUAAACAUUGUAUAGGUGUCCUGUUGCUUUUGAUAUUAAUAAUAAUGUAAAUAAUUAUUUCACUAUAAAUAAUACUUGAAUUUGUCAUUUAACUAUUGUAGUUGCUACAUUUCUGGUUAAUUUUAUUGAGGAUGACAUUUCUGUCUGCAAGGUGUUCAGGAAAUAUAUUAUCUGUAUUUAUAUUAAUCUUGUUUUAUUUAUAUUUUCAUAUUUCCUUUGAUAAUAAUAAUGUAAAUAAUUUAAUUCACUAUAAAGUAAUUGAAUUGGUCAUUUAUCUAAUGUACUUGAGACAUUUCUGGUUAAUUUUAUUGAGGAUGACAUAUAUAUCUGAAAAUUGUUCAUGGAAAUAUAUUUUAUGUAUUUAUAUUUAAUCUUGUUUUAUUUAUAUUUUCGUAUUGUUUUUGAUAAUAAUGUAAAUAAUAAUUCACUGUUAAGUACUUGAAGUUGUCAUUUAUCUAAUGUACAGUAUUUGAGAAAUUUCUGGUUAAUUCUGUUUACGAUAAAAUUUGUAUCUGCAAGUUGUUCGUGCAAAUACAUUUUAUGUAUUUAUAUUAAUCUUAUUUUUAUUUAUAUUUUCAUAUUGUUUUAUAUAAUAAUAAUGUAAAUACUUUAUUUCACUAUAAAUUACUUGAAUUUGUCAUUUAUCUAAUGUAGUUGAGAUAUUUCUUGUUAAUUUUUAAUUGAGAAUGACAUUUGUAACUGCAAGUUGUUCGUGGAAUUAUAUUUUAUGUAUUCAUAUUAAUCGUCUUUUGAAUUAUAUUUUCAUAGCUUUUAUAAUAAUAAUAAUGUAAAUAAUUAAAUUCACUAUAAAGUAAUUGAAUUGGUCAUUUAUCUAAUGUAGUUGAGACAUUUCUGGUUAAUUCUGUUGAGGAUGACAUUUGUAUCUGCAAGUUGUUCAUGGAAAUAUAUUUUAUGUAUUUAUAUUCAUCUUGUUUAUAUUUUCAUAUUGUUUAUGAAAAUAAUAAUUUAAUUUACUAUAAAGUA